AUGUUUACAGUUACUGUGUUCAGCACCGAGGAAGGAGUAUCGCGAGAUGUGGCCGUCAUUCGCUGGCAAUUUGAAUGUCAUCCGGGGUCCCGUGAAUGGGAUAACGUACAGCGUUGGUCCCGUGUUGGUCUUGCUUAUGACCUUAAAAUUUGCAACAUGGUCACACUUGCACCCGACGAAGAACGGAGUAUACACGUGAACAGACCAAAGAACGUGACUUUUGUCAUCAACAAAUUGAACUAUAUAACGCCAAAACCGUUCAAGUUCAUCAUCAAAUGCUCAGGCAGUCGCCUGUUUGCGGUCGCCAGCUGUAACCUCAGUUUGAUGGAAGUGGAGUUCGGAAAAGCUUUCGGCAUUCCUUUGCGUAAUUUCAAGGCAACUGGUGAACUCAAUAACAUUCAAACGAAUCAAUUGGAAUGGGAAAUAAUGCGCGAGUGA